CAAGCAACAAGGAGGGAAAUAUAAUAUGGCGCUGGCUGAAAGUAUUCUGCUUGCAAGUAAAUUUCGGGGAUGUUUGGUUGGUGCGCUUUUAGGGGACUGCCUUGGGGCCCCUUAUGAAGCUGAAACAAAAGUAUCGAAAAUAGUACUCCAAAAAUAUUUCGAUAAAUUGGAAGGACAAUAUUUCAAAUCCCCUGUGAAGCCUUACACGGAUGACACAGCAAUGACAAAGUGUAUCGCUGAGUCCUUGUUGGAGCACAAGAAGUUAGAUGCAUCUGAUCUUGCAAAGCGGUUUGUGAAGGAAUACUUCAGCGACCCAAGGCGAGGCUACGGGGCAAAUGUGGUGGACGUGUUCCGAAAGCUGCGCACUCAGAAGUUCGUGGAUCCGUUUGGCCCAGCGAGGGAGCAGUUCGAAGGGUCGGGCUCGUACGGAAACGGCGCUGCCAUGAGGGUGUCUCCUGUGGCCCUGUUUUGUCACGACAGUUAUGACGAGCUGGUCAGCAUGGCUCGCGUCAGUGCCGAGGUGACGCACGCCAACCAUCUGGGCUUCAACGGAGCUGUGUUGCAGGCAAUAGCAGUACACCAAAGCUUGCACUUAAAUGCCAAAGAAGGUCUGGAUGUCACCAGUUUUGUCUUGGAUUUGAUUACCAAAAUGGCAGCCAUCGAAAAAGAUGAUGAAGGCCUGGGGCUGGAGGACCCGACCCCGUACCAGACCCAGCUGAAGCACGUGAAGGAGCUGCUGGACAGAGGCGACGGCGUGGAAGACGCGGAGGUCGUGAGGCAGCUGGGUAACAACGUCGCUGCACUCUUCUCCGUCCCAACGGCCAUCUACUGCUUCUUACGGGCUCAGGAGGAUAUAGAAGGAAUAAAGACAGAUAACCCUUUCCGCCGCACGCUGCAGUAUGCGAUCUCCCUGGGCGGGGACACGGACACCAUAGCCAGCAUGGCCGGUGCGAUCGCUGGGGCCUACUACGGCCACGGAGCGAUCAGCGAGGCCUUGCAGCGCCACUGUGAGCUGCUCAGCGAGGUCGUCAAGUACGCUGAAGACUUGUAUGUGUUGGUAGCUGCACAGUCCAACGUCCCACCGUGACCAGUCACUAGUUGUUCGUCCAAGUGUUUCAUGUUUUGACAUGCAAAACAACAUGACUUUUUUUAUGUAAAAAGUUUUAAAAGAUAAAUAAAUAUGAGUUUUUUUUUUUUUAAAAAUUCAAGAAA